AUGGUUGCCUGCAAAGUGAUUUUGGCCGUCGCCGUCGUAGCCGUAGCUGUCGUUCAAGGAAGACCCGGUGCCGAAACCGACUGGUCUGCACCGUUCUUCGAUGAAUUCAAGUCCAUGGCAAGUAACAUAACCAAUUUUGUCAACCUCGACAACACUGCCGAAUACACCACAGCUGCCAAGAACAACCUGAUCGCUUUCACCGAAAGUCUCAAAUCCGAAGCUGCAGCCUUCAGUAAAUCGUUUGAAGGAAAAUCCAGCGUGUCCGAUCUGUUCAAGGAAUCCACCAAGCAGUUCCAAACAGUCGUCGACACGUACGCCAAGAACUUGCCCAAGGACCUCACCAUGAAGGACUUCACCGAGAAGAGCGAACAGGCACUUAAGCACAUGGUAGAACAUGGCAAUGAAAUCUACAAGAAAGCCCAAGGAAACGCCGAGAUUGAGAAGCAAAUCAAGGAGUUCAUUAAGAAAAACAUCGAUAAUCUCAUGGAACAAACCAAAUCCAUUCAAGCUAAACUCGCCGAAGUCAAGAAAGCCUAA